CCUUCUCCUGUCCGGCUGGAAAGUUUUUAGAGAUGUCCACGCAGCAGUGCACGUCGUGUGCAGCCGGCUCCUACUCUCUGGGCAGCGGCCUCCGUUUUGACCAGUGGGACGCCAUCCCUGCAGGCUUCACCAGCCUGGCCAGCUUCCUGGACCCGGGGCCAAAUGGCGAGGACAUACAGGCUUGUAACAGCUCAUCGUGGACGCCGCAGGGUGUGUACCUGGAGUCGAACCGCGACGAGUGCACCGUGUCUCUGGUUUACGCCGUCCAUCUGGAGAAACAGGGUUCUGUCUCCUUCACCUACCAGUACCCCGACAACAACAUCUUCUUUGAGUUCUAUGUCCAGAAUGAACAGUGUCAGGAGAUGGCCCAGACUGACGACCAGAAGUGGAUUAAAGUCACCAGCAAUGGAGAGUGGAACACACACACGGUGAGUCUCAAGUCCGGCACCAACAUCUUGUACUGGAGAACCACCGGCAUCCUGGUGGGAGGGAAGAUGGUCAAACCAGUGCUGCUCAAGAACAUUCAAAUAGAAGGUGUAGCCUACACGUCCGAGUGUUUUCCGUGUCGACCCGGCUGGUUCAGCUCAUCCCCCGGCUCCUCGUCCUGUCAGCCGUGUCCCAGCAACACUUACUCCGUGAAGGGGGCGUCGUCCUGUGCACCCUGCCCCGAACAUCACUACUCACAUGAGGGAUGGGCAGAAUGUAAAGUGAGGCCACCGUGCUCAGAGGAGGAUUAUUUCCAGAUCCACACAGCCUGCGACAGCGACGGGAAGACGCAGGUGUUGUAUCGCUGGGUGGAGCCAAAGAUUUGCGUGGAGAACGUCACUGGAGCUGUGGAGCUUCCUGCGAUAGGACAAAGAGAGCCCUGCCCGCCCUGCAACCCUGGCUACUACAACAGCAACGACUCCACCUGUCUGCCCUGCCCACGUGGAACCCACUCUGACGGCACCUACG